UUCCAUCUGGCUACCAACGGCUAAACAAUUGAAUCAGUAAAUAGUCAACAACAAUUGGCGAAUACAUAUUUUUUUUAAACGCGUAGAACUCGCCGAAAAAAAAAAGAAAAAAACCACAAAAAAAAUUAAAAACCGUUUAGAAUUAUUGUAAGUGAUAAAGAUUUAUUUUUAUGUAAGCGUAAAUUAAACAAAGAUGAAUAAUAAUAUUCCCCUGUUUCCCAUGGGGUCCCUUUAUGUGGGAGACUUGCACCCCGAUGUUACUGAAGGCAUGAUUUAUGAAAAAUUUUCUGGAGCCGGACAGGUUCUCUCCCUCAGACUUUGUCGCGACGUAAGAACAAGACAAUCUCUCGGCUACGGCUACGUAAACUUUAGCAGUUCGCUGGACGCUGAACGAGCUUUAGAUACAAUGAAUUUCGAUCUGAUCAAAAACAAACCGAUGCGCAUAAUGUGGUGUCAAAGAGACCCCGGUCUAAGAAAAUCUGGCAUUGGCAACAUAUUCAUCAAAAAUUUAGACAAAAGUAUUGAUAACAAAUCUAUGUACGACACGUUUUCCGCCUUUGGCCACAUUUUGAGCUGCAAGGUGGCCUUGGACGAUGACGGAAAGUCCAAAGGUUAUGGCUUUGUACAUUUUGAAACUGAAGAGUUGGCCAAUAAGGCUAUUACUAAGGUCAAUGGAAUGCUUUUGAAUGGAAAAGUUGUGUAUGUAGGCAAAUUUGUGCCUCGUGUUGUACGCGAAAAAGAGCUGGGCAAUAGAGCCAGACCUUUCACUAACUUGUUUGUCAAAAAUUUUGGACAAAACAUGACUGACCAAAAGUUUAAAGAUUUAUUUUCCAACUUUGGAGUCAUUACUAGUAGUCUAGUGGUACGAGAUGCAGAUGGUACAAGCAAAGGCUUCGGUUUUGUUGCUUUUGAAGAUGCUAAAUGUGCUGAAAAAGCUGCAGAAGAAAUGAACGGCUACGAAUUUGAAACAAGAACCAUUUAUGUCGGACCUGCUCAGAAAAAGGCGGAACGUGUGCAGGAAUUGCGGAAAAAGUUUGAACAGCAAAGGAUGGAAAGGUUCACCAGAUACCAAGGGGUGAAUUUGUACAUUAAGAAUUUGGACGAUACUUUUGAUGAUGAUAAACUCAAGACCGAGUUUGAACCUUAUGGAACUAUUACAUCUGCAAAGGUCAUGACAGCAGCCAAUGGCAGAUCUCGCGGUUUCGGAUUUGUAUGUUACACAAACACUGAUGAAGCUACAAAGGCCAUUCAAGAGAUGAACGCAAAAAUAGUGGGUUCGAAACCCCUAUACGUCGCGUUGGCUCAACGCAAAGAAACUCGCAGGGCGUACCUUGCCAGCCAACACAUGAUUAGGGCCCAUGCUGCUAGACAACAAGGUGUCCAAUACGCUGGUGCGCCAUCGUUUCUUUUACCAGCAGUGGCGCAAGGACCGAGAAUUUUCACUUCGGCCCCCCCUUUAAGACCAGCUCCGCGAUGGCCUGGUUUGCAAACCCUGGCGAGACCCAAUGGGGCAACUUUCGGGCUUCCCCUGCUCGGAGCCACCCCGUUUAGGACCACUUCGACUACUAGGCCUUUGCCACAGAGAUCUAAUCCUCGUCCAAUAACAAGUACUUCUGCUGGCCCAUUAACAGCUCGUCCAAAUUCGAAAUUCACCCAACGCCACGGUCUGGAUGCUCCAAUAAUUGACGGCAGAUACGCCCAAGUUGCACCUCAAGAAACCAAACAAAUUUUGGGUGAACAAUUGUUUAAGAUUGUUGAAAAACUUCAUCCGGAAUUGGCGGGCAAAAUCACUGGGAUGCUGCUUGAAAUUGACAAUUCCGAAUUGGUUCAUAUGAUCAAGAAUCAGGAAUCUUUGAGAGCGAGAGUUGAGGAAGCUAUAGCUGUUCUCGAAGCUCAUAAACAACUAUCCACCACCAAAAAAGUCCUAACGAUCCAAGAUUGAAUGUAGUUUCAGAAUUCAUUUAUCAAUGUUCUUGUAUUUAUUGUAUAUAGUGUAAGAUUUUGUUAAUUUGCGUCAAAUGUCGCAUUUCUAUAUUAGUUUUAAGUUUUCUCGUUCGUACAUUGUUUAAAAAUUAAUAUGUAUUUACUAAUUGUUGCCUCAUAUUUUUUUGAUACUGAAUAAAAUAAUAUUGUAAUCGUU